AUGUCUCCUGAAGUUUCCCCUCAUGAUACAAUUAAUUCUAUUCAAUAUGGUGGACUCUGGAUUUUCAGAAACCUAGCAUCGCAAAGCCCAUCUUUUCAAGAGCAGCUUUCGUUUUGCACAUUCUUCCAUCCGAAGAUUGGGAUUACCCUCUUAGCUUUUGCGAUUAUUGAAGACAACACGCUAGCUGUUUUUGCGUUAUCGAAGUUAGGUCCGGAUGCAUUUACGUUACCAUACUCCUUUUUCUCAAGAUUAGAAGAACUUUUUGAAAUGAUUGGGCUUCACUUGGAUUUUCAGGAGGACCGUAGAGAAGCUGCCCUUUGUGCAUAUGAAUUUCUAUGUACUGAUUCAGCUUCAAUAUAUACGGAAGAAAAUUGGUUGGAGGCUGCCAUUGAUCCAGGAUAUGCGGAGUAUGUGUUUUCCACGAUCGAUGUGUUUCAAUCUGAAGCAUUACUUCAUGAGUUAUUAUCAAUUGGACCCACUACUGUAUUUCACGAAUUUACGGUUGAUGUUUUGCUGGAGGGUAUUAUGAAUGAUGGUUGGUGGGCGGAUCCUUAUACAAAACCAUGGCGCUCGUUUUUAGGAAAUCAUUAUAUAUGUGAGAAGGACCGUAGGAAGGUCAACAGUCCUACUCCGAGUAUUGCCUCUGGUUCUGCAGCGGGUAAUAUGUCGUCUGUCUGGAAAAAGAAAAACCUUCUUUUCGAACUGAUGCGAACAGAAAGUACCUAUGUUACACGUCUCAGGCAUUUAUUGAACGAUUAUGUAGUACCGUUGCGAAGUUCAGCGAAGUCAUCAAAGAAGCUAAUAGGACUUUAUGAAAUCAACACCAUGUUCCCUCCAAAUUUAACAAAGCUGAUACAAAUAAAUUCAGCGUUUUUGGAUGAAAUUGAAGCAAUCAUGGCUGAAUUGGACGAAGACAGCGACUCUGCGGAUGAUAUAACUGACGAUUUUGAUUUAAGGAUGGCAACUUGUCUCUGCAACCAUUUUCAGGUGUUUGCUCAGCAUUAUCCCCGUUACCUUGAGCAAAGCAAGGAUUUUGGUGAGGUAUUAAACGCUGCUUCAAAAAACCCAAAGUUUUUGGACUUUAUCGAUAAAAUAAAAGUAAAAGCAAACCGUAAUGUAAGUCUAAGCCAACUAAUUAUGGAGCCUGUACAAAGGAUCCCUCGGUAUUUCCUUUUUCUGGAGCAAAUCAUUACGCUUACUCUUGAUGGACCUCCUCAAGGAACUUAUAUGCAUGCAAUGGAGACUGUUCAUAACAUUGCCGAGAUGCCCGUCGUUGAUGCCGAAGAGCGCUCGAAAGUUUUUGCUGGUCUUCAAUAUAUUAUUCCAAAUCUUGCCCCGAAUCUGAUAUCAAAUUCCCGAGAUUUACUUGAUUGUGUUGAUGUUAAUCGCGAAAUUUGGAAAAGCGGUCAGCUUUCCCUCGUUCCAUAUACAAUUUUACUAUUCACAGAUUGCAUUUGCCUACUAAAAAGAAACUCAAAAGCAUCUUUAGCUGAUGUAAUUUUGGAAUUGAAGGAGACAUUUGUAUUACCAAAGUCAUUUUCCAGAGAGAAGAGUGCACAGUAUGUUGCUUGGAAUUAUAUUGAUAACAUUGAGUUGACGAGAGGCAUUGAUGAAGACUGUACAUUAUGGCUUAUAUCUAAGUCAGCAUCCGCAUUCCCCUUUUUUAGUGAAUUUCCUCUUAUUAAAUUUGUUUCAUCGAAUGGUAAACUUCCCUUUGAAAGUUUUCUACGUUCUUUUCAGCAAGCUUUAGCGUUCCGCAAGACUCAAAGAAUGCUUGUUACUAGCCGCAGUUUUAACGAUUUUACUAUUUUCUACAGUUGCUUCACGCCUGUAUCCUAUGAAAAAGAAAAACAUCGGUCUUCGAUUAUAUGUGUUUGCAAUGAUGAGUAUAAUUCCUAUAAUUCUGAGUCUUUUCUCUGUGAGGGUAAUGUUGUUUUGAAUAUUCAGAGGCAAAAUGAAGGAUUCUUAGUGGAAGCCUUAACAUGGUUGGGUUUUGACUUGCCUUCAAGAUUAUUUGUUUCGGAUGCGGGUAUAGAAAAAUAUAUUUCUGAGUAUUUGAUUACAAUCAAGCGCAUGCUUUCUAGCCCUUUUUCUAAUCGAUGUUUUUCACAGUACGACCUUUAUGACAAUAUUCUUCAGUACCUCUUGCUUUCUAAAAGCAAUCCCAAGAAAGGAAGGCUUUCGUUGGUCGGACGUCCAUCCAGUCCUAUUAAAUGGGCAUCUGCUUUAAAAGGAACAUAUGGAGCCAAGGGAUAUUCCAAAUCGUAUGCUACACUUCCGUCACAAAAACAUAGCAGCAAUGACACAAACUUUGAUCCAAAAAGGUCAUUCGGAAAUAUAGCGAUGUUGCCUACAAAUAUUUCAUUUGAAACUAUCCUUGAAACUUUAAAAAGCUUUAAAACAAUCUUCUUGGGAAUUACAGAUUAUGGCGCAUUGUUGAAAGAAGUUUCGCCUAUUGAAAGCCAGCAACUUGAAGUUUUAAUGGGAGACGUUACUAGAGAAACACCAGACUUCGAGCGCAUACAACGGCUUCCCGGAGCACAUAUAUACUUCUUAUUUUGGAAGUAUUUGAAACUUUGUGUUGUUAAAAAAUACGGUUCUUUGUUGCCCUCAAUGUUCAUGCAGCGCUUGAGCAAUCAUGGAUAUACAGAUUUGUCAUAUAACCUAAAAACUUCAUUGAAAAAGAUAGAAGCUUGUUUACAAGAGCUCCCGCAGCAAAAUUCACGAACUCUGGAUGCAGUCCUUGAUAUCAUUUCAGAGUUACUUUUAGGGUUACCUCUUAGGGACCAGUGUGAAAUGCUUGUCGAGCAAAUGGCGAGCGUACUUUCUCCUCCUUUAUAUCGUAGAAGUGCCAUCGAAGUGAUACGUUUUAUGACAUAUUAUUACGACCAAUUAUUCAAAAAGGAUACCCUCGAUCCGCUAUGUUCCCCGUCGUCAAAGAAUGCUGAACGUUAUGGGCAAAAAGAAUACGAGGAGCAAGCAUCUCAGCAAGUUAAUGAAUCUUUCAUGGCCAAGGAAGUCAUUCCUGGUAAAGUGGAUCUUAAGGACUAUGAGCAUCUUCGGCAAAAUUACCAUAUGACUCUUGCAAAGAUAGCUCAAGUAAACAAACGGAUCAGCGGAAGUAAAGAGGCAAUGCCCGUUUUAUACGAUCAAUUAACACAUGAUUUGAAGCUAAUUAAGCAGUCUAUUCAAGCAAAUCUAGCUCGAAAACGAUGUGAAUUAGAUAUUGCUAAGUGGACAUUGAAGGAGUAUGAAGAUGCCAAACAGAAGUUGCCUAACAAUGAUUGCAAAAUGGAGUUUUUUCUAUAG